ACAAGGUUAUCACAGGACAGAGAGAGAGAGAGAUGUGGACAUAGACAGCAGGAGGAAGGAGGGAGAUCAGAAGAGAGAGACAGGAUACAGCACAGGGGAGGGGGGAAGGCAGAGAGGAUAAACAGGGAGGAGAGAGACUGUCACAGAGAAUAGACAGCGAAAGAAGGAUACUGGGAGGGAUACGGGAAGAACAAGGGAGUGUGAAACCGAGACGGAGGCUGGGGGGAUUACAGAGGAAUGACAAAAGAGAGAAGCUGAGGAAGGCAGGGAUGUAGGAGACACAGCAGGACCCGGGUACUGGAUACAGACAGCAGAGACAGAGUAGGACGGGGAUAUAGGAUACAGGCUGAGAAGACGGAAUAUAGGAUACAGGCUGAGAAGACGGAAUAUAGGAUUCAGGCUGAGAAGACGGGGAUAUAGGAUACAGGCUGAGAAGACGGGGAUAUAGGAUACAGGCUGAGAAGACGGGGAUAUAGGAUACAGGCUGAGAAGACGGAGAUAUAGGAUACAGGCUGAGAAGACGGGAUAUAGGAUACAGGCUGAGAAGACGGGAUAUAGGAUACAGGCUGAGAAGACGGGAUAUAGGAUACAGGCUGAGAAGACGGGAUAUAGGAUACAGGCUGAGAAGACGGGAUAUAGGAUACAGGCUGAGAAGACGGAGAUAUAGGAUACAGGCUAAGACGGGGAUAUAGGAUACAGGCUAAGACGGGGAUAUAGGAUACAGGCUGAGAACACGGGAUAUAGGAUACAGACAGCAGAGACAAAGUAGGACAGUGAUAUAGGGUACAGGGUGAGAAGAUAAGGACAGGUACAUAGGAGGUCAGUUUUGGGGAAUGAUACUGGAUACAGACACAGGAGAAUAUAGAAAUACAGCGAUAUAGGAUUCACAUACAGGAGACGGGACAGGGAUAUAGGAGACGGGAUAGGACAGGGAUAUAGGAGACGGGAUAGGACAGGGAUAUAGCAGACGGGAUAGGACAGGGAUAUAGGAGACAGGAUAGGACAGGGAUAUAGGAGACGGGAUAGGACAGGGAUAUAGGAGACGGGAUAGGACAGGGAUAUAGGAUACAGACACAAGCGACUGAGCAGCAGGGCAGGGAUAUAGGAGAGGGGACAGUAUAGCUGAAGACUUAGACUCCGGCCUCUGGUUUGUGAGAGUACAGACAAGUGGAGGAAUAGAUGGUGGUGAAUGCAGAUUGUGCAGGUAGACGGCAGGCUGCGCGUUGCUGUAUCGCAGGCUCUGUGGACGGGGGGAGCGGUUAGGACAGGCCCAGCUUAUGGAAGGGGCACUGGUCUGAUGUGUGACUGGACCAUUCCUACUGGUACCGAGGAGUCUCCAGGACACGGGAUGAGAGAAGACAGGGGAGGACUCUCACCUACAGUCUGAAUACUACUCCUUACAGUGUGAGCAUGAGUGCUGGGUCGGUGGAUCAAGAACCGUCCCGGAAGCUAGGCUGCUGUGGUGUACCUGUGAUUACGGAAGACAUGCAGGCGCUAGCUAUCCGAAGCCUGCCCGGGGGCGAAGUACAGAAGCACUAUGAGCUCAUUCGAGAGCUGGGAAAGGGAACGUAUGGCAGGGUGGAGCUGGUGUCCCAUAAGAGCACUGGCAACAAGAUGGCUCUGAAGUUUGUGAACAAGAACAAGACCAAGCUGAAAAGUUUCCUGCGGGAGUUCAGCGUAACGAGCGCUCUAUCUUGUAGUCCAUUCAUUAUCCGAGCAUUUCAUGUGCUCUUCCAGACAGAGGACUGCUAUGUCUUUGCUCAAGAAUAUGCACCAGCUGGAGACCUUUUUGAUAUUAUUCCACCACAGGUGGGUCUCCCAGAAGACAUGGUGAAACGAUGUGUUCAACAACUAGGAUUAGCUCUGGAUUUUAUGCACAGCAAAAGCCUAGUUCACCGUGACAUCAAACCAGAGAAUGUUCUUCUAUUUGAUCGUGAGUGUCGGCGAGUUAAGUUGGCAGACUUUGGCAUGACGCGUAAAGUGGGCUGCCGUGUUAAAAGAGUGAGUGGCACAAUCCCAUAUACAGCACCAGAAGUAUGCCAAGCUGGACGGUCAGAAGGCUUUCCAGUAGAGACAAGCUUGGACGUCUGGGCUUUUGGAGUACUAAUCUUCUGUGUACUCACAGGCAACUUUCCUUGGGAGUCAGCCUCGCCAGGAGAUGCCUUCUUUGAGGAGUUUGUGCACUGGCAGAAGGGUCGUCUACCUGGUCUUCCUUCUCAGUGGCGCCGCUUCUCGGACAAUGCUCUACGAAUGUUCCAACGCCUUCUUUCCUUAGAGUCAGAAAAAAGGAGCCCGGUCAAGGAGGUCUUCUUCUACAUUAAAUAUGACUUACUAUCAGAAGUUCGUCGUAGACCUUCUUACCGCUCUCGCAAACAGACAGGAGAAAAGUUACCACCCGUGCCCCAACGUCAUGAGAAUCCCACUCCCCUCAAGAGGACAAUACUUACUGAGGGAGGCUCCUCACCACGUGUUCCACACUCUCUGCCUGAACCUGGCCAGCCAUCUUCUGGUUCUGGCAGGACAGAUGGGCGUCAGGACAAGAAUAAAACUCAAAUGUUGCUGGCCACCGCCAUUGAGAUUUGUGUGUAACAUGGACCACCCUGUUGGAUUCUACUCCACUGGGAACUGAUGUCGUUCUCUCCAGUAAAGGUCAUCUCCUGGUUUAAGAUGUAAAGCAGGGUAGACCUCUUAGCAAUUAAUGGUCAUGAGCCUACAAGCAAAAAAAAAAAUGGUGUGAAAACACUCACUGAAAGAAAUAAUGGACAUAUCUGGUUAGUUUCCAUUUGUGAUUGAGCUUUUCGAUCAAAACUUGCAAAGAUUGUCAGAGUUGGUGACUUAAGUGCUGCUUCUACUUUGGGGUGAAGGACUUAUAUAGAACUUGUAAAGACUGAUAUAAGGGAGACAGUGUUCACACAAACAUCUUUGGUCAUACUCUACAACCAAACCCUACCCAUCCUAAAAAGAUGAAAACAGCACAGGCAGGGCAAGUGCAAUCUUACAUACCCCGAAAGUGUAGUUUCUUCAUAAGCGUCUGAAAGCACCUGACUGACCUGCAGCCAGAUCUUGUACUACGUUGUUCAAUAUGGAAAGAAAUGCACCAAGGCUUAAAAAAAACGGUGCUAAGGUAACUAUGGAAAUCAUGAGGCUGUAACCUUAGCAAUCCUUCAAGCCGUUUGUUUUUCUCUUUUGUAUACAAUACUGUUGCUAUGAGUUCUUUUCCUAGUUGCCUUAGCACCAUAUCUAUGGCUGACCAACCCUCCAAACGAAUAAGGGCUUGCAUUGUAACUCAUCCCGAAAGCUGCACCAGGGUAAUCUCUUAAUCUAAGAGUCUUCUCUUGAAAAUAAUCUUUUCAUUUUGAACAAAUUUUACAUUCCCUUUAAGCCUAUCAGGCUUCACUUUAAGGGUCACGUGUUUAUUUGAGUAGACACCAAAAAUGGGAAAUUUUAAAACUAGAAAAUGGCCAUUGUGCAGAAGAGCCCCGGAGGUUUCACUACAAAGGGUGUCGGGUCUCUUCUUAUUGGCAGGCUCACGUAGCUAAUUGUGAAAGUGGCACUUAUCGGCUCCGGCAGUUUCCAUGGAAACGUAGAACCUGCCGUAACCUUUGGAGGACUAUAGAAUGUUCCUCUAGGAUUUCUGAAAGGUGUUUAAUUCAAUUGUCCCCCGUAUGAAAUCAUUUUUGGCAUCCUCCAGUAUCUUUCUUCAGUCCAUAGUGCUGAUAUCAGGUCACCCUCUAAGUUAUCAAUGACUGACAAUCCCCCACCAUAGGGUUAUUAAAUUGAACGACGCAAUGGAGUCUGCCCAUCCCCCGCAUCCUCCACCACAAGACUGGUUGAAUGCACAUAUAGCAUACAUUGCCUUGACAGUCAUUCUAACAGAGAGGGUGAUCGAGGGAAGCAGGAGGACAAGCAGUAAUCUUUUCCCUGUCCCGAAAAUUGCCUAUGCAGAGUACAUGUAGCAGAUGUUUUACUGUUUAGUUGUGUAUGCCACUUUCCCUUCUUUUGUUGGGUACUCAUGUCAUUUGGGAAGCCUCAUACUAAGUUAUCCUUACACUUAUUGUCACACCUUCUUCACUUAUUUAAAGGCAUUCUAUAUCUAAGGAUGCUGGCAGCCAUUUUGUGUGCGAAUCCCAACUCAUGGUCUCAUGUGAAUGGAGGAACCAAAUUUAUUUAUUAUCAUCGGUUUAGUUAACAAAAUGGCCGCCCACCUUGCUCAUGUGUCAAUCCUUGAAGAAUGCUGGCGGGUACUUUGUGUGCCAGUCCAACUCUUGGUCUCAUCUAAAUGGAGGAACUAGAUGUCUUUAUUAUCAUUGGUUUAGCCAACAAAAUGGCCGCCCACUAUGUUCAUGUGUCAAUCCUUGACUGGAAAUGAUUACUAUUGAAAAUAUCCCAUACAAAAUGGGCGCCAUAUUUUACCAUUUUUCUAUAAAGUAUCAUCCAAGUAUGGCAGUUACAUGAGGUAAAAUUUUUUAACAGGUUUGAUCUUCUUCAGGUCGUGAAUUUAGAUUUGUGUUAAGUGGCACGUGACCUUCUAAAAUUUAAUUCCAGAUGUCGCCAUUUGCAUCAGCCCUAUGACAACAUGCUGGCAUCGGGGGUACUUUCUGUUGGGUUCCCAUUGGUUUUUGCUACCAAUGGGGACCUAUCAUGAGAUCUGUCAGGAUUUUGUUCGGAUCUGCUUCAUAAAGUAUCCGUCAACAGCUGUCAUGGCUCAAUCUAAGUUGCAGACGAUACGUAAACCCAGAGGGGCAGGUGCCAGUGCCAUGUGGCUAAAGCUAGCACAAAAAGUUUUGGUAAAGGGUGCUAAUUCUGACUAUGUGAUGGAUGAAAUUCUCCCUCUUCAGUUCAUGAAGUACAUAAAAUGGCGGUCAUACAGGUUUGUGAAGCGCUCCCUCGCUAAGUGUCUACAACAGUUUCCAAGCCUGCUCUGGGUAUCUGAGGACUUGCUGCUACGGCCUCAGUCAAUACAAACCAUAUUAAGGGCUACAGCAUUGCUAUAACAGUGGAAGUGCCGUAACUAUUACCAGUGCCCGUUACCAAAAAAAAAAGCGGUGUACACAUCAGAUGAACACAAGAUGGCCGCCAUCGGGUCAAGCUCCUUCUUUCAAGAUAUCUAAGUUCUUAAUAAAGAUAAUAAUUUUUUAGAUGUCUACAAAACUUUCGAAAACAAAAAGUGUGUUUACGUCCUUGGAAACAAGCAGUCAGAGCACAAUAAUGGGUCUCCCGUCUUAGCACUGUCUGUAAGGAAAAGUGGUCUCAUUUUCGUCCCUAUCCACCAAUGAGAUCUCUGCUUUCAUUCACCCUGAAAAGAAAUCAGACUUUUAUUGGUUGCCCAUAAUAACCAAUAAGGGCCCACAUGUAAUUUUUUCAAUACAUGUUAUGAAAUAAAAGCUGAAUUCUGAUUGGUUACUACAGCUAGUCUGUUUUCCAGACUAGAGACUAGAAACUUAGACUACAGGUGACCAAUCAAAUUCCUUGUUUCACUUUUCUAGUGUCUGAGCUCUGAUUGGUUGCUAUGGGUAGUCUAUUUUCUGAACUACCCUAGAAACCUAGCCUCCAGGUAACCAAUCAAAAACCAAUAUUUCAUUUCUUAAGAGUAGUUUACAAAAUGAAACCUGAGCUUUGAUUGGUUGUUAUGGCCAGUCUAUUUUUUAACUACCUUAGUCACCUAGACUCCAGGUAACCUAUCAGAAUCCAUAUUUCAUUUUUCCAGAGUAGUUUACAAAAUGGAAGCUGAGCUCUGAUUGGUUGCUAUAGGUAGUCUAUUUUCUGAACUACCAUAGAAACCUAGACUCCUGUAACCAAUCAGAAUCCAUAUUUCAUUUUUCCAGAGUAGUUUACAAAAUGAAACCUGAGCUCUAAUUGGUUGCUAUGGCUAGUCUAUUUUCUAAGCCCUAGUAACCUACAGACCAGUCAGAUUCCGUGUUUCAUUUUUCCUGUGCUGUUUAGAAAAUGAAAGCCGGGCUCUAAUUGUUUACUAUGGGCAACAUAGCCACUUUUUCUCCUGUGACAGUUUUGGUACAUGAAGCCCAAUCGUCCUUCCUUUUUGUCUCUCCCUGGGUUUAGGGCCUAGAUAUAAGUCACGUUUUUUCCCCCUAGAGUGAGACCCUGUAUAUUCCUCCAAGUGGUAUAGACGACUUAAGUAGCAUACUCCCCUAUUUGCCUUAGACGUCUUCAAUGUUCACAAUAUUAGUGCAAUAAUGUAGAUAAGGUGAUAAUUGAUUAACUUUUUAACUCGCGUGUAGGGUAUUUCUGAUUCAAGGUUAGGGCUAGCUUAGUACCGUUACCUCAGUUUAGCUGACCUGUUAAUAAUAUAUAUAUAUAGAUACCGUAUACAGUUAUGUAUAGAUGUAGAAAAACAUAUUCCUAUAUGUGGACUUUUUCUUUAAAUGUGAAUAUCGCACCUUUUGUUCCACAUACCUCUCUUUAAACCUGCGGCUAAAUGACGGAUUGUUGGGGUCUCUAUGAAGUGAUAUUGCAGCCCCUUAAAGGGGUUGUCUGUUUUCGAAUGCUUUACAAAAAUCCUGUUGAGGAAUUCUAUGUUAAAGGUUUUCUCUACUUUGGAAAACCUCUACUAGAUGGGCCUCAGGACAAUAAACUGAUCACAAAGUGUCCUCCUGUUGGGAUUCCCAGUGAUCAUAUGUAAUCAGUGGGGAAAACGUUGAGUUUCCCUGCAGCGCUGCCACAGGGGAAAUGAAGUAUUGCACGCUGUCCAUUUAAAUAAAUGGAUAUGGAUUGUCUGUGUAAUGCAGGACAGCACAGGUCCUCCAGAGCGACAGAUGUUCUUUGUAGCUGUUCUUCACUAUGGUCAGGAGGAGAUGAGGAUCCUCAACAGACGACCACCUUUAUUAAAGACUAUGUACACCUUUGCGGGCAAUGUUUUAUAAUUGCAUUUUAC